AUGGAGCCAAUAUCGUCCCUGGCGUCAAUUGUCCAGGUCCUCAGCAACGCAGCGACCGCGGCAAUAAAGGUUGCCCGGUUCAUCAACGACGUCAAACAUGCACCGGAAGCGCACGAUGAGUUGCAAAGCAGACUCAGCUCGAUGCGAAGAAGCCUGGGACACCUCGACACAGCGAUACGCGAUCGAGAGGCUCAUCUCGGCAGUGGCGGGCAUCAACAUCAUUUCAAGCAGGAGGAACAAGACAUACUACAAGAGGCGAUUGAUAUCAAGGGCGACUGCGAGAGAUGUGCGGAACGCUUGGAGGACUUCUCCAAGAACCAAAACGGCUCGUUGAUGCAGAGGAUCAAGGGCCAAAUUGUGCAGGGGAUCAAACGGCCCGAAAUCCAGAGGCUGGAGUCGAGGAUCCAGACCAACGUGGGGACUAUGCAGCUUUUGCUGCUGUUUUUGAAAACGUUUGUUCAUGAAGACCAAUUCGAAAGGGAGGGCCUGCUCCUCAGUAUACGCCAGCAGGCCGGAGAACUCAAAUCGUUGCGGGCCAGCUUUGCUAAUACUUUCAAGAAAUUUGUUUCGCAAAGUGAACAUAUCGAAGAUAUCGAAAAUGUACCAAGACACACGGACUCACCAUUAUCGAUGACUACCGACGAAGAUGAGCGCGACCUGAUGCGCACAACCAACAGAACCCUAGAAACAGCCGACUCUUUGGUAGAUAAGUUGUCUCGCCUCGGAUCCGAGCCAAGUCAGGCUUCCGUGGACAGCGAAUCGCGAUAUGAUGAGGGUAGUAUACCCAUGAUAUUCCAAGUACCUAUACCCCCCACCGCGUCAAAGCCUUCCGGUCAUCUCACAUUAGAGUUGAUGACAUCCUUUCUGGACGAAUGGAUUGGGCAAGCAAAAGAAGAUCUGGCCCAUGGAGACCUCGAUGAGUGUGAAAAGAAUCUAAACAAUGCAAUCAAGUGCGGCUGCGACCGGUUCUACCAGCACGGACAAGUCUUUGAGCAGUGGUUCGAGCUUCAGCUUCUUCUAGCCCAGGUGUACCAAAUGCAAGGGAAAUCAACCGACGCGCAGAACCUGAUACUGGGACUGAUGCAACCUGCGAUGGAGAAUGGGCCCGAAUAUUCGAGAAUCACGUCUGUGCGAAUGGCCCAGCUAUAUUACGCCAGAGCCUGCUUCUGUUUAGAUGGGUAUUACAAAUCUCACGAUAUCACGCUUUCAGACCUGGAGAAUAUUGCCAAGGAGGCGUACACCUUUGUGGACAAACUAAAGAACCAAAACGAGGUCGAAAACCACCCGGGUGACAUACUGUCUCAGCUGCUCACCAACUGUUCACAAAUCUGGAGUCAGGUGGCUGAGAUGCAGGGCGAAAAAGUCAUAACAAAGGUGCUUCGGGAACGGCACCCUCAAUCAAAUGGCUCCCCGGCGUGGCCUCAUUCUUUCCAAACACAACCGGGUAUAGAAAACCAUGGACGUCAACGCUCGUCUAACUUGAGCAACUUGAACAGACAGUACACGUACUCUAGCUCAACACCAAAUCAGACUUUUACGUUGGAAACGCCGUCCGAAACAGCACCAACGGAAAUCUCGAGCGAGCCUACUGAAAGCUCUGGCGCUGCCGUUAGCAGGGGACGUGAUCUAACGCCCAAACUUGCAUUGAUAAGCGACGUCGAAGAGACGAACGCAGCAGGUUUGACGCAUUUACUCAUCGCCGCCAAGACGGGGAACUGGGAGAUGAUGGAAGGCCUCAUAAAAAGGCGCUCUGCAAAUGUAAAUGCCAGAGACCGCGACGGGAUGACCGCUCUACACCAUAUCCUCAGGGGGGUGACCUGCGAUGAAGCAAUUAUAAGACUCUUGCUAUCCCAUGGAAUCGACGCCAACGCGGCGGAUUCAAACGGCGAUACUGCACUGCACUACUCUGUCCAGUUCCAACAUCGCAAGGCCGCGCGGAUUCUCCUCAAGUCUUGCAAGGUAGAUCUCGAGGCAACAAACGAAAAGGGCCAGACGGCCGCCGUUCUCGCCGCGUCGCGUAGCGGGGCGAUGGAUAUCUCCAUGCUGGAGCUGUUUAUUUCCCACGGCGCCAAUCUGGACACGGCCGCCAUUCCUCGUGAAAUGCGGACCGUUGUCGCCUCGCUGAAAGCGCGAGGAGGAGGACCAGGACGGCGGCAGAGCCAGUCGUCCACCGGCCAGCGCAGUGCCGACUCUGUUCGACCGAGUAAUGAGUCUCUGCGGUCUGGUCGGAGUAGCCGGAAAUGGCUAUCUUUUUCUAAGCGUUGA